CAGCCUCUAAUUAUCCACUAGUCCCCACUAGCUCCUUACUAGCCCGCCCGCCACUCCGCCGCCCUUGCCCAUGGCGAAGAAAAAGCUCUCCCUCAAGCCCCAGAACAGGGGCUUUGCAACCACUUCCCUCCCCAAAAAGGCGGCCCCGCCACCUGCUCCACCACCCGCGGACUCCCCGCCCGCCCCGCCACCCCAGGCCCCCCCGUCCUCCUCGCCACCUCCCGCCGACUGGGAGCACGAGGAAGGUGCGGAGGAAGCCGCCCUCCAGAGUCUCGUCGACAGGCUGCAGGACAAGGCUGAAAAGGAAGUCGCCCGCAUAGUAAAGGCCAUUGAAUACGACUCUCGUCUGGCAGCCUCGUUCCCCAAGCUUGAUAUCAACCAGGCCAUCCGAGAUACCGCCCUUGAGUUGGCAUUGGAGGAAGAGAAAGCAGCCUGCCAAGAUACCGAUCAUCCUCCCGUCGUGACCUUUCCAUCGACCACCGUUUCAGACUCAGAUAAAGGACUGUUGCGGUACUUUGUCGCUUAUCACGUUCUUCAAAAUCUCGGCUUCCGACAAGAGAGGAUUGAGCAAUGCCUCCUACAAGGUAUAAAAGAGGGAGAGGGCUGGGAAGAAGCUCUUGAAUGGAUGUGGUUGCAUCUCAGCGAGGAUGAGUGCCUCCAACGAGGAGAGUAUGAAAGGACAACCGAGCCCAGUAUAACUGAGAAUCAGGAAUCACUCGUUCCCGCCAUUGAACCGGACGUUGAACCUAUCGCUCAGCCCGCGCAGUCUUCAAGACCCACACGAACCGCACUGCAGGCCACUGACGCCAGCACCGAAGCUCGCACCACGGCCCACAAAUCACUAUUUCAAAGUCAAGAUACAUCGGAUACCGAGUCUGACUCUGGAACUGAAGACGAAUACCACAUCAACGAGCAAUGGGCAAAAUUGCAGUUGGAACUUGAUACCCUUCGUAUGGCGUCUGGAGAAGGGAAAAAAGGUAAAAAGGGAAAGGGUAACCAAGUCAUACUGGAAACGCCGGAGAUAAGAAGGCUCAAGGACAAGAUUGGCAAAGUGGAAAAGGAGUACAUGUUUACUCGCAAGAAUGCCGAUGCUAUACUCAAAGUUUUGAGAAAUCAAAGAGAUGUCGCAGCCAUUGCCGCCAAGUUCAAGGGCGCUUCCAUUCAGGACGCUGAUCAGACCGAAACCGAUUCUCCUUCGGGAAAUACUCAAGGUGAUUCGAUUGUAGAGGAAAAGACUAACCUUAUGGAUGGGUCGUCUGACGAGGAGGGAGAUCUUUUUGGUGGUAUGCUGGACGAGCCCACUACUCUCCCCGGUACACCGGCUGAAACAUCGACUUCAACACACAUUACAGUCCGAUCCAUGCCCAUCCCAAAGCAAAUGUCAUUUGCUGGUACCAUUCCGAAAAACGUUCUCAAAGCAGCCCUCGCCAAACAGACAAAGCAGGUUGUCAUAUCGUAUGUCAACUUAUCUGGUGCCAGUCGCGCCGCAAGGGCUGGCCUGGAAAUUGGUUGGCAAGGAGGUGGAAGGAAGGUCUGGAAGAUGGAUGAUAUUGCUUGUGAUGAUAUGGUUGAGGCGGAGAACUAUGUGUCGACACUCGCACUCUCGGAUUUAGAGGCAGAAAAAACCGUUGCAGGAGUUAACUGGAGGACAAUGCCGCCCUCAUACAGAGAAUUAUGGGAAGAGCUGAAGGUGAAGAGGCAAGAAAGAGAGGACGAAAGUAGAAGGGGCAUUUGGAAGAUGAUUAAGGGCAUAUGGGAUAAGAAGGCCGUUGAAGCGACUGCAGAGAAGAACGACACGUCAAAACCUAGCACUAGCAAUACUCCGAUUGACCCACCUGCGAGGCCGGCGAAAGAGAAGGAAGACGUCAUUAUUCAAAAGCUUCAAGAUGAUUUUGCCAAACGAAAAGAGUCAUCAGCGUACCAGACAAUGCUUACUCAGCGCAACACACUUCCGAUCGCUUCAUUCCGUGAUCAAAUCAUUUCCACUUUGGACACCAAUCAGAUCUUGGUGUUUAGCGGUGAGACUGGUUGCGGUAAAUCUACUCAACUACCGUCCUUCAUCCUCGAAGACCAACUGGCCAGGGGAAAGCCUUGUAAAAUAGUCGUGACCGAGCCUCGACGUAUCAGUGCUAUUUCCUUGGCUCAACGAGUAUCCCAGGAACUGGGCGAUGCCCCAGGUGCGGUUGGCACCUCAUCCUCGCUUGUUGGCUACAGCAUUCGUCUGGAAUCGAAAACUUCGGCCAAUACUCGUCUGUCAUUCGUGACGAAUGGUAUUGCACUUCGUAUGCUUGAGUCUGGUUCCAGCGGUAGUUCCAGAGGCACCGCAUUUGACGAAGUCACACAUAUCAUCGUGGACGAAGUCCAUGAACGUUCAAUCGAGUCAGACUUUUUGCUCAUCGUUUUGAAGAAUCUUUGUGAAGCAAGGAAAGAUCUCAAGGUUGUUUUAAUGUCAGCCACCGUAGAUGCUGAGAAAAUUUCGGCCUUUUUCGGAGGUUGCCCUUUCAUGUCCGUACCUGGAAGAACGUUCCCUGUCACUGUGCAAUAUCUUGAAGACGCUGUUGAGCUCGCUGGGUGGCACAUCGACGGAUCUUCUCCAUAUGCCAUUCGAGGCAAGAAAUUCAAGCCAGCGAGUCAAAUGGUGGAGUGGAACGAAGAAGGGGCUAAAUCUGAUUCGGAUCCAGACGAUGAAGACGAGGAAACAGCGUUUAACCCUGCAAAGCUGUCGUCAAACAAGUACUCUGCUCAGACAGUCGACACUAUCAAUAUUCUGGAUUCUCGAUUAAUUCCAUAUGAUCUCAUCGUCUUGCUGCUCGAGAAGAUUUGCUUUGAAGCUGCCGAUUAUGUGCCCUUUUCUCAGGCAACUUUGGUAUUCAUGCCGGGCCUGGCUGAAAUUAGAAAGCUGAACGACAUGCUGCUCGCCCAUCCAAAAUUCGGCAGUACGGACUUUGUGGUGUGGCCUUUACAUUCCAGUAUUUCUUCCGAGGGGCAGAGUGCGGUAUUCAAGAGGCCUCCGGAAGGAGUGAGGAAGAUUGUAAUCUCUACCAACAUUGCAGAAACUGGUGUUACCAUCCCAGAUAUCACAUGCGUUAUCGACACAGGAAAGCAGCGUGAAAUGCGCUAUGACGAGAAGCGACAGCUUUCGCGAUUUGUCGAAUCGUAUGUUGCAAGAAGCAACGCUAAACAACGUCGCGGACGAGCCGGUCGUGUUCAGGAAGGCCUUGCGUUCCAUUUGUUCACCAAGGCCAGACAUGAUACGCAGCUUCCUGAUCAUCCUAUUCCCGAGAUGCUUAGGCUCUCUCUCCAAGACCUUGCUCUUCGUAUCAAAAUUCUCAAAGUACCUCUCGGCAAGACUGUUGAAUCUGUCUUGUUGCAGGCGCUUGAUCCGCCUUCGUCGAUCAACAUUCAACGUGCUAUCGCUUCUCUAGUUGAGGUCAAAGCGCUCACGCCAAAUGAGGAGAUCACACCCUUAGGACGGCUACUUUCCAAACUCCCCAUGGACGUCCAUCUCGGAAAGUUUCUACUUGUGGCCGCUAUGCUUGGAUGCCUAGACCCGGCUUUGACAAUUGCAGCAACGUUAAACUCCAAAAGCCCAUUUGUGACUCCGUUUGGCUUUGAGUCGCAGGCCAGAGCUGCUAAGCGGAGUUUUGCCAUUGGAAAUAACGACUUUUUCACUAUUGCAAACGUCUUUGCAAGCUGGAGAAGAGCUUCUGACAAUCCCCACUUUGUGAGAACUUUUUGUAAGAAAAACUUUGUAUCUCAUCAGAACCUGCAACAAAUUGAGGAACUCAGACAGCAACUUCUUGCAUACCUCAUUGAUACAUCUUUUGUCGAUGCUACGCCUGCUCAGAGGCAGGCGAUCAGCCAGGGCCGCUUCUCUCGUGGCGUGCGAACCAAAUUUGUUCCUGUGCCUCCGGAAUUGAACAUCAAUGGAGAGGAUCUGAAAGUAGUUGGAGCGGCCCUGGUUUCCGGUCUGUACCCCAAACUGCUAGCUCUCGAUGCUUCUGGCGGCAUGAAAACCAUAACAAACCAGCAACCAGUCGCAAUUCACCCAAGUUCCGUCAACUUUAAAGUUCACAAGGGCGAGUUUGGUUCAAAUUAUCUGGCAUACUUUACCAUCAUGCAUUCCAAGAGAUUGUAUGCCUGGGAAACGGGACCAGUGGACGACGCGGCGCUGGCGUUGCUAUGUGGUGAUAUUGCAGACUUCAAGGUAUCAGCGUCCUCAUUCAUUCUUGACAGGAAGAUCAAAUACAGCUUGUCGCCCAAGACGUCCAUCGCUAUCAAACUGAUUCGAGAGCAAUUUUAUCAGGUAAUGUCAUUGCGCUUUAGAGGAAAGAAACUGUCAGACAACCAACAAAGAUGGUUUGAGCUUGGUCUCAAGUGUCUCGCAGCUGGACUGCAAGACGAGGAGGCGGCGAAAAUUUGUGUGGUAUAGAAUAUGUAGCACGUUUUUCACAGUUCCGCAAUACAAC